CGGAAGUGAUUGUGUUAUAGAACUUGCGAGCCAAACAGUUUGCGUUCAUUCAAUAAAAUCAUUACUUUAUCAUUCUUAAAAAAACCCGAAUACAGUUUUUGCAGUUUACUGUGUUCAGAUAUGUUUUACCAUAUCUCUUUGGAGCAUGAAAUCUUGUUACAUCCAAGAUAUUUCGGCCCCAAUCUUCUCAACACUGUGAAGCAAAAGCUCUUCACUGAAGUAGAAGGCACAUGUACUGGCAAGUAUGGCUUUGUUAUUGCUGUCACUACUAUUGAUAACAUCGGGGCUGGUGUUAUUCAGCCAGGAAGAGGUUUUGUCCUGUAUCCAGUCAAGUACAAGGCAAUAGUUUUCCGUCCAUUCAAAGGAGAAGUUGUGGAUGCUGUUGUCACUCAAGUUAACAAGGUUGGAUUGUUCACAGAAAUUGGUCCUAUGUCGUGCUUCAUCUCCCGCCAUUCCAUUCCUUCUGAAAUGGAGUUUGACCCCAACUCGAACCCACCUUGUUACAAAACAGUUGAUGAGGACAUUGUAAUACAACAAGAUGAUGAGAUCAGAUUAAAGAUUGUGGGUACAAGAGUUGACAAGAAUGACAUUUUUGCCAUUGGAUCUCUGAUGGAUGAUUAUCUUGGUCUUGUGAGCUGAUUUGACCAUUUGGAAGACUAUUUGAUAUGGGGAUGUUUUAUAAAGUAGAAGCUGUAUUUCAUUGUUUAAAUGGUUUUUUUUUUUCAACAAUUGAUACCUUUAUGUUUAGCUUUUUAAAAUUAUUGUGUUCAACUUUAAGGUUUUAUUAGAAAAUUCCAUAUUAUAAGUAAUUGCCAAAUAAAAUGUACAUCAUUGCAAUUCAAUAUUUGUAAUUUUACAAACUGCCUACAUGUGUUUUUUUUUUUUUUGUAUGUGGAUUACAAUAAAAUUGUAUUUUGGUCUC